UAUUAUUGUUGCAGGUUCUGAAGUUUGUUUUUAUAAUUUGUGAUGAUCAUGUUUUCGUGUAAGAAUUAGCUCAACGGUGUAGUUAAAAAUGUCGUGUGUGAGAAAGUAAUAAAGAGUUGCAAGAUGAUAUGACAUUUAAAGUAAAUCAUGUGCCCUAUGUUUUAAUUUCUAUUAUCCCUGAUAAGUUUUUAUAAAUGCUCUAAACAAAGCUUUAAAUAUAUUGUAUCCCGGUUAACUCAUAUCUUUUGCAUAAAAUAAUAUCUAAAAUACGCCUGCUUUAAAUACAUUUUCAUUCGAGUGCACCAUCUAAUUGAAUCGAAAUCGGAUUUUGUGAAACGUGUAUGAGGUGGAUAAAUAUACAAGCAUAUAAGAAUUCCAUUAAAAUCGUAGCUACUUGACAAGCAAUAAAAUGGAUGAUAACUUAAUCACAGAAUCAGAGACAAAAUCAAGAGUAUCCUCUUAUUCAACAAUCAUAAGUUCAAAUACUUUAGCAAGUACUAUCGGAACAUUGUCUUCGACACCUCCUAAGUCACUAGAUCCCAGAACGAUACGUAAUUCUUAUCCCGUUGAUACUAGUUCACAAAGUGAUGAUUCAGAUAAUGAAUAUUUAGAUAACAGUAUCGAACUCCGCGGUUAUCUCAGCAAAUGGACAAAUUAUAUAUAUGGCUGGCAACCACGUUAUAUAGUUCUGAAGAAUGGCACUCUUUCUUAUUAUAAGUCAGAGUCGGAGUCAGACCUUGGUUGCCGUGGAGCUAUAUCUCUGAGUAAAGCUGCAAUCAAAGCUCACGAUACUGAUGAACUACGCUUCGAUGUGGUCGUUAACAAUUACAAUAAUUGGUGCUUACGUGCGGAAACACCGGAAGAUCGCAUGCACUGGGUCGAAGUACUUCAGAUGUAUAAAGAGGAGUCAGGAAGCACUGAUACCACAUCGUUGCGUCGUCAUGGAAGCGCAAUAUCUUUGCAAUCUAACACAGUGUCUGUAGCUAGUGGCAGUAGUCUGAAAAAAUCACAAAGAAACUUGAAGGAAAAAGUUGGAGAAUUAGAGACGUUUAAAGACAUUCUUUUCGGACAGAUAGAAACUCUUCAAAGAUAUUUUGAUGCGUGUGUCGAUGUUAAUAAGUUAACAGGAAAACCUUUGGAUUUGGGUGAUGGUCUGAAGCCAAUCGAUUUUAAGGGAGAGUCUAUCACAUUUCGUGCUACGGCUUCUGGAGUAUUGACAACACUUCAACACUGUUUGGAAAUUAUUGCCGAAACUGACGAUUUGUGGAAAAGAAAAUUAGAGCGAGAAAUAGAAAGGAGGAAACGCUCAGAAGAACAAAAUCGAAAAUACAAAGACGAAAUCGAAAAAGUCAAACGUAUUUCAUAUCCAGGACCGGAUUUAGAGGAGGGUCCUCAUUCCACUUUGCCGGAAGAUGAGUUCUUUGAUGCUGUUGAAACUGGGCUAGAAAAGAUCGAAGAGGAUAUGCAGAUUCGUGCGAAACUAAAACUGCAGACGCAACAAUCAUUGACUUUGGCCAAUGUGCCACAUCAAGCUCAACAAAAAGGAAAUGAUCCCAGUACAGAUGAGUUCGGAACUGGGGGCUUAGCUAGAAGCCACAUUCUCUGGCCUGAGAUCGAUCGUGUGUGCCGCGAGCAGUUACAUUAUGCUCGCGAAGGAGUUGGCCAAGGAGGUAAUGGUUGGCAAAUAUUUGCAGAUGAAGGUGAAAUAAAAAUGUACAAGCGUGAAGAAGAAGUGAAUGGCUUAGUGAUGGACCCAUUGAAAGCAUAUCACAGUGUCAAUGGGGUAACUGCACGCGAAAUGUGUCAUUACUUUUUCAUGCCCGAAUUUCGCAAUGAAUGGGAGACAACCUUGGAAGACUGUACAAUAUUAGAGAAAAUUUCACCAGACACAUUUGUCUUUUUACAAACGCAUAAACGUAUCUGGCCCGCCAGUCAACGUGAUGCCUUAUUCUGGUCUCACAUGCGCAAAAUUACAGAUGGAUUAGAUGAUGACGCGGUAGACAUGUGGGUUGUAUGUAAUAACUCGACGGAAUAUUCUAAACAAGAAUCCAAAAAUGGCAAAUGUAUACGCAUAUUUCUGACAGUGAUUUUAGCUUGUCAAACGCUUUUACCACCUGGAAAAACAAGUAACGAUAUCCUCAGCCGAGAUGAAUUAACUUGUAAAAUCACAUACUGCUCUGUUGUGAAUCCCGGUGGUUGGGCACCUGCAUCCGCUUUACGCGCUGUUUACAAGCGCGAAUAUCCUAAGUUCCUUAAACGCUUCACUGGAUACGUGAUAGAUCAAUGUAAGGACAAACCAGUGAUGUUUUGAUGUUUGUAGAAAUUAGAAUUUUUCUAUAAAAUAUAUAAGAAAAUUUUAUAUAUAGCUGUGUUUUGCUUAAUAUUAAGUAAUUAACUGGACGCUACGCCUUUGGAUUAUAUUAAAAAAAAUUGUAGCAAUGUUUUGUAUAAUGAUUAGGGUGCUUGAAAAAA